AUGCCCCGUGAAAACCGCGCCAUCAAAGCCAAAUCCGAGCCCCAAUCCAAAUCCCCAACUGAACCAAGCCCAGAGCCCGAAGCGCAACUCCGCGAAAGCCAAACAAGCACACCAUCACAAUCCGACUCCAACGAACAAGAUUUACAUCAGGAAGCUAUGUCGACCUAUAUUUCUACCCAAGAGGCAGAAUCUCGGAUUGGAGAUGACGAUGUAUGGGCUGAAGUAGAAAGCGCGCGAGAGUUGAGUGAUGGAGAUCUCAAGGAUAGUGGACAGAGACAAGAAGAGCCGCUUGCUGCUGGAUUUCAAACAUUGAUAUCGGGCGCCCAGGUGGAAUGGGAGAUCGAAGAUGAUCCCCUACAUACGGAAAUUAUUGAGGUGGCUCGAGAUUCUGUUCAAGAUCGCAUGCAACCAUCCCAGACCGAAGCUAUUCAAAGUGAUGAUUCGGAUCCCGAUGAUCUCGACAGAGGUGGAAGAUCCAUGUGGCUCGCAAGGAACGAAGUAUCACCAAAGAUAAGCCAAGAGUCUGAUCCCGAUGAUCUCGACAGAGGUGGAAGCCCUCCAGAAUUCUUAAGAAACGAAUUAUACCGGAAGAAAGUUCACGAGCCUACUCAUCACGUCGCUAAUCCAACAAUGAAACCCCCAGGCCAAUCCGACCCCGAACCUGCAUCGCGAACUCUACACUCCAACACCGAGAACCGACCCGAAAGCACAGAAUCCGAAACACAAUCUGCAUCCCCAUCUUCAGCGCCCCAAUACCACAAGGUCCAAACCACCGAAAUGGUUCGUUCAGAAACUACAAGGAUUAUAAGAAGUUUCCAGCAAGAAAACAUACGCAUCGAGACGGUAUUGAAGCCAGAUCCUGAUAUACAUACUCUGCGCGAAAAGGAAGAAAAAUUAGAGGAUCAUGAGUUGAUGCUGAGUAAUCUUAUUGAUGAAUUGAUGAUUGACUUGAAGAAGACGAGGGGUGAGUUGAAGGGGAUUAGUAGGAAGUAUAGGAAAGCCUUGGGGGAUUUUUAG